AUGCAGAGCUGGGUAAGGGAAUGUGGGCCGGAGUCCAGUUCCCAGGCGGUGGCCCUAGCAGAAGGCUUCCUCCUAAGCCAGACAGAGGACAAGAAUCUGGACCAGCAGUGGAAGAAGCAGGAGAUCUACGUGUCCAAGACGCAGAAGAAACAGAGAGAUCAGCAGUGUGGAAAGAGCUUUCCUUGGAAUACAAAACAUAAUACCCGUCAACAUAUCCAUACUGGGGAGAAACCGUAUCAAUGCUUGGAGUGUGGAAAGAGCUGUGCCCACAGUUCACAGCUUAUUAUCCAUCAACGUAUCCACACUGGGGAGAAACCAUACAAAUGCUUGGAGUGUGGAAAGAGCUUUGCUCAGAGUUCACAGCUUAUUAUCCAUCAGUUUAUCCACACUGGGGAAAAACCAUACAAAUGCCUGGAAUGUGGAAAGAGCUUUGCUCGGAGUGACAACCUAGCUGCUCAUCGACGAAUCCACACUGGGGAGAAACCAUAUAAAUGCUUGCAGUGUGGAAAUAACUUUGCUCGGAGUAUAGAUCUUAGGGCCCAUCGUUGUAUCCACACUGGGGAUAAACCGCAUAAAUGCUUGCAGUGUGGAAAGAGCUUUCUUCAGAAUUCACAGCUUAUUAUCCAUCAGCGUAUCCACACUGGAGAAAAACCAUUUAAAUGCCUCGAAUGUGGAAAGAGCUUUGCUCGGAGUGACAACCUAGCUGCUCAUCGACGAAUCCACACUCGAGAGAAACCAUAUCAAUGCUUGGAGUGUGGAAAGAGCUUUGCUCACAAUACGCACUUUACUGCCCAUCAACGUAUCCACACUGGGAAUAAACCACAUAAGUGCUUGCAUUGUGAGAAGAGUUUUGCUCAGAGUUCACGGCUUAUUAUCCAUACACGUAUCCACACAGGAGAGAAACCAUAUAAAUGCUUGGAUUGUGGAAAGAGUUUUGCUCGGAGUGAUAAACUAAAAAGCCAUCAGCGAAUCCACACGGAGAGGGAGAAGGACUUCUGCUUCUCCAACCUGAUUCCAUGUCCCAAGUGGAAGAAGCAGGAGAUCCACUUGUCCAAGACGCAGAAGAAACAGAGAGAUCAGCAGGUAUCUGCCUACUUGUGUGGUGGAAGCGGGUAG